AUGCGGCCGCGGCGGCCCCUGCUCCCGGCGCCCGGCGGGGCUUACAUGGCGCUGGAGGACCUGCUGCUUUGUCUCUGCUUCUCCGCCCUAGCCGUCCUGGCCGUGCAAGGGAGGCUGUCAGAAGGGGACUCUCUGGAGCUGAGCUGUAGUGCUGGUCCUGCAAAGGUGAUACUGGAGCCAAACCAAGUGGUGAUUUUGGACUGUAACCUGACCCCUGUUGAGCAAGUGAUCAAUAUCACAUGGAAGAAGAAUGGGUUUCCAUUAGUGGAGCAAGAACAUCUCCAUGUGCUUCCAAAUGGAUCGCUCUUCAUCUCAUCCCAGGCUGUGGCAAAGGACAGUAAAUAUCCUGAGAGGGAUGGUGCUGAGGGCAAUUACUCCUGCGUGUCUCACACCUCCCUAGGGACUGUCACCAGUCAAACAGCUGCAGUCAGAUUUUCAACAUUAUCACGCUUUUUCCAGCAGCCGGAGUCGCAGACCGUGGAAGAAAAUGGCAUGGCCCGGUUUGAGUGCCGGAUCGAGGGGCUGCCCUCCCCUGUCAUCACCUGGGAGAAGGACCAUGAAGCUGUUCCAGCAGAGCCCAGGUUUAUAACUCUUCCCAAUGGUGUCCUCCAAAUUGUGGAUGUGCAGGAGAGCGAUGCUGGGAUUUACCACUGCGUGGCAACCAACGCCGCCCGAAAGCGCUACAGCAACGAUGCCACCCUCAGCGUGGUGAAAGGUUCCCAGCCAGCAGGAGGAGAUGUCACCAUCGUCGCUGCUCCGGAGAACACCACGGUGGUGGCCGGGGAGAGCGUGGUGAUGGAGUGUAUGGCAGCUGCUGAUCCCACCCCCUUUGUCUCCUGGAUACGACAAGAUGGAAAGUCCAUUUCCACAGAUGUGAUUGUGCUGGGCCGGACAAAUCUCCUCAUUCCUUCCAGCCAGCCCCAUCACUCUGGGGUGUACGUCUGCCGAGCCAACAAACCCCAAACCCGGCAGUUCGUUACUGCUGCAGCUGAGCUCCGCAUCCUCGCUACUCCCAGCAUCUCCCAGGCUCCUGAAACCAUCUCCCGCACCCGAGCCAGCACAGCCAGGUUUGUGUGCAAGGCAGAGGGAGAGCCAGCCCCCACCAUCCACUGGCUGAAGAACGGGGAGCCCAUCCUCUCCAACGGGCGCGUGAAGGUGCAGAGCAGCGGCAGCCUCGUCAUCAACCAGAUCGGCCUGGAGGAUGCUGGCUACUACCAGUGUGUGGCUGAGAACAGCCUGGGCAUGGCCUGUGCCACGGCCAAGCUCUCGGUGAUCGUGCGGGAGGGUUUGCCCAGCGCUCCCAAGAAGGUCUCGGCCGUGUCCCUCUCCAGCAGCACCGUCCUCGUGUCCUGGGAGCGGCCGGAGCACAACAGCGAGCAGAUCAUCGGCUUCUCCUUGCACUACCAGCGGGCUGUGGGAACAGAUAAUGUGGAAUACCAGUUUGCUGUCAAUAACGACACAACUGAGCUGCAAGUCAAGGAUCUGGAGCCAAACACCAACUAUGUCUUCUAUGUGGUUGCAUAUUCCCAGCUCGGAGCUAGCCGGACGUCCUCUUCCAUCGUUGUCCAGACCCUGGAGGAUGUUCCCAGUGCAGCCCCUCAGCUGUCCCUGUCGAGCAUGACUCCUGGUGACAUCCGUGUGACGUGGCUGCCCCCUCCUCCUGAGCUGAGUAACGGCAAGAUAACCAAGUACAAGAUCGACUACUGCACCCUCAAGGAAGCAGAUCAGGUCACCUCCAUUGAAGUGGGUGGAAAUGAGACCCAGAUCACCCUGUACUCACUCCAUCCCAACAAAGUGUACAAAGUUCGGAUCGCAGCCAGCACCAGUGUGGGAUAUGGGGCCCCUUCCGAGUGGACCCAGCAUCGGACUCCUGACAGAGACAACCAGACACAUGUUCCGUUUGCCCCGACAGAAUUAAAAGUCCGAGCGAAGAUGGAGUCUCUCCUAAUAACAUGGCAGCCCCCAGCAAACCAUGCCCAGAUAUCUGGCUACAAGCUCUACUACAGAGAGGUGGGCCCAGAGGAGUCCAGUGAUGAGAGCCCUUUGGAUGGUGCUGAAGAUGAGAGCUGGGACGUAGGACCCAUAAAACUAAAGAAGAAAGUGAAGCAGUACGAGCUGACUCGACUAGCUCCUGGGAAACUGUACGAGGUGAAGCUGGUGGCAUUCAAUAAACAUGAAGAUGGGUACGCAGCAGUCUGGAAGGGCAAAACAGAAAAGGCACCUGCGACAGCAGUAGAUCCCCCUGUGCAGAAGGGGCCUCCACUGCCUCCAGUCCAAGUCUAUGCAGAGUCCAACAGCUCAACUUCCAUCUGGCUCCGCUGGAAGAAACCUGACUUCACAACCGUCAAAAUUGUCAACUACACCGUGCGCUUCAGCCCCUGGGGCCUGAAAAACGCCUCUCUUGUGACAUACUACACCAGCUCGGAUGAAGACAUCCUCAUUAGUGGGCUGAAGCCCUACACCAGGUAUGAGUUUGCUGUGCAGUCCAACGGCGUUGGCAUCGAUGGGCCCUUCGGCAGCGUGGUGGAGCGCUUCACCCUGCCCGACCGGCCCUCCACUCCUCCGUCUGACCUGCGGCUGCACCCUCUCAACCCCUACGCUGUCCAGGUGCACUGGUGCCCACCUGUGGAGCCCAAUGGCAUCAUUGUGGAGUAUCUCAUCCUGUACAAUGCCAACAACACACAGCCAGAUGACAUGUGGACCUUGCUGACACGAGAAGGAAACAUCUUCAGCACUGAAGUGCAUGGCCUGGAAAGUGAUACCAGAUACUUCUUCAAGAUGGGAGCAAAGACAGUGGUGGGAUCCGGUCCCUAUUCCAACGUUAAGGAUGUGCACACCCUCCGGGAGAAGCUGUCUGAUGUCCUGGAUAUCCACUCUGUGACAGGGAUCAUCGUGGGGGUGUGCCUGGGGCUGCUCUGCAUUCUCUUCUGCAUGUGUGCCAGCUUCCGCAACAGCAAGCACAGGGAGGCCCUGCCAGGCCUGGAUUCCCAGGCUGCUGGCAACCACACGUACUACCACCGGAGCAGGCAAGGGUUGGCCUCUCCCAGUGCCACCCUGGACUCACAUGAGCUUGAGUCCCUCAUGUCCCCGCUCCCAGAGGAUGCACCUGUGCCCCUGGGGGACAUCACUGAGCUGGCAGAAGUGCACAGCCUCAUCCACACCAGCCUUCCUGAGGACAUUUUCCACGGGAAGAGGAAGUCUUCAUGGAAUAAAUCAACCAACCAGGCCUGGACAAACAGCAUCACCAGAUAUGGGGACACCAUCACCAAAGAGCCUCUCUCUGCUGUCAAUGGGUCACUGAAGCUCCCCUCCAGUGCGGGGCAGAAGCUUCUCUUACAAGCCCUGGUUUAUGAUGCUGUGAUGAAUGAAGCAAAGAAAAGCCACCUGCCAGCCAGCCUCCACCAAGUAGAAGCAGAGGUCAUCGUCCAUUCUGAUUUUUCAGCCUCUGACAGAGAGUACAACUCCCAGCUGCACACCCUGGAGAGUGAAGAGACAGAGGACCAGGAGCCAGAAGAGCUCCCCUCAGCAGAGCUGGCUCUUCCCAGUUCCCAGCAGGACACUGGCCAAGUGUUGGUGGACUGCAUGGACAAUUUGGAGGCUCAGGCCCAGGCUGAGUUGCUUUGUACUGACACAAAGACUGACAAACCUGAGGCUGUUUGCAUCCAUGGGCUCACCAAUGGCUUCCACAGGCAUGGAGAAAGUCUGGAUUCGGAGGAGAGUGGAGAUUCAGACUCCACCCAGGAGGGCAGGGGUGAUGUGCAGCCAGUCAAGUGCCAGUUGCUUUCCCCGGCACCUGAGGAGGCCCUGCUCUGUAGUAACUCUGGUUUAACCAGUCCAUCCUCAGCAUCUGAGAACAUGGCACAUGUCCACAAUCACAAAGAAUGA